AAAAAAAUUAAAGUCAAAACACACACAGAUUUGCUCUGUUGUUUACCAGUCAUAAAUCUGGUCUCUUCAAUAUUUUCACUCUCAUCAAUCAAUCAUCAUGUCUUCUACACAUUUUGCAUCUCCCUCACCACAACCACCACCACCGCCACCCUACCACCACCACCUCCACCUCAUUCCACCAAUAACCGUCGCUUUCUCCUUCCUCCUAGCCCUAACCUUCUGCUUCCGCAAGUGCACCACUCGCAAACGCACCGUCCCCUCCUCCAAACCACCUCACAACCUCCCCUACUCCGCCCUACGCGCCGCCACCGCCUCCUUCUCCGCCUCCAACCGCCUCGGCCAAGGCGGCUUCGGCUCCGUCUACCGCGGAACCCUAACUAACAACCAAAACGUCGCCGUUAAGGUCAUGGACGCCGGUUCUCUCCAAGGCGAACGUGAGUUCCAAAACGAGAUCUUAUUCGCCGGAAAAAUCGAAUCGGAAUACAUCGUCACAGUCAUCGGAUUCUCUUCCGAUCGGAAACGACGCCGUAUGGUGCUGGUGUACGAGCUUAUGGUGAACGGAAGCUUACAGGAUUGUUUGCUUGUGAAAAAGUGUGUGGAGUUAAAAGAGUGGAAACGACGGCGUUUAAUAGCGAUUGAUAUUGCUAAAGGUAUUGAAUAUCUUCAUCAUUAUUGUGAUCCGGUUAUUAUUCAUGGUGAUAUUAAGCCUAGUAACAUACUGUUGGAUUGCGAUUUCAAUGCUAAGAUUGGGGAUUUAGGUUUAGCUAGGUUAAAAUCAGAAGAUGAGUGUCGAAUUGAUGUGAAUUGUAAGGUUGUUGAGGAUAAUGGAUCUGUGUUUGAGGAGACUGAAAGUGUGGUUACAACUACUACUGUGUGUGAGGAGUUUAGUGUCGGUGGUGCGGAUAAUCGGUCACCGGAGAGUUGUUUUACCGUUCCGGUAGCUGAAACCUCGCCCGAGACGGUUACGCAGUCACCGAGGAUAUGCGGAGGAGCGGAUUUGAGUCCGUCUGAACGGAAUGUUGAUGCGAUGAGCGUGGAGAGUGAGCGGAGGAGGAAGAAGAGUGUUUCGGGGAAGGAUUGGUGGUGGAAACAGGAUAACGGGAUGUCGGAGUCUGGGCGGGUGAAGGAUUAUGUGAUGGAGUGGAUCGGGAGCGAGAUUAAGAAGGAGAGGCCGAAGACGGAGUGGAUUGCGACAGGGGCAUCGUCUAGUGCGGGGCAGACGGGGAAAUCAGAGAAGAAGAAGAAUCGGAAGCGGUUGGAUUGGUGGAUUACGUUGGACGAGGAGAAGAAUGAGAAGAAUGUGAAGAAACCGAAGAGAAGACCGGCGAGGGAAUGGUGGAAGGAGGAGUAUUGUGACGAACUCGCUCGAAAGAAAAAGAAGAACCAGAAGAAGAUGAAAGAAUCGGGUACAUGUAGUACUAACGACGAUGAGUGGUGGCCGAAAGACGAUGAGUUGUAUACGGGUAGAAAGAAGAAAAGAAGCCGAAGCAGGGGUAGUAAAGGUAGUGUAGACUGGUGGUUAGACGGGUUUAGCGGUGAGCUUUGGCGUACACGACACAAUAGUCACGACUCCGUUAGCGGUGAUAUCCCCAAAAGCGGCGGUAUCAGCAGUACACCAAGCAUGAGGGGAACAGUGUGUUACGUCGCCCCGGAGUAUUCAUGCGGCGGUGAUCUUUCCGAAAAAUGUGACGUUUACAGCUUCGGCGUUCUACUAUUAGUUCUCAUCGCUGGAAGGCGGCCGCUUCAAGUGACCGGAUCACCCAUGUCCGAAUUUCAACGCGCUAAUCUUCUAUCGUGGGCCCGACAUCUUGCUCGUGCAGGGAAGCUUCUAGAUCUUGUGGAUCAGUCUGUUCAAAAUCUGGAUCGAGAACAAGCUCUAGUAUGUAUUGUAGUAGCGCUUCUUUGCUUGCAGAAGUCACCUGCGCUUCGACCUUCUAUGAAAGAAGUAGUGGCGAUGCUUUCGGGUGAACUCGAGCCACCACCGUUGCCAGUGGAAUAUUCGCCGUCUCCCCCUUCUCGGUUCAAGUCCCAUAGGAAAGCUCGAUGAGGAUGUUGAUGUGUUUAAAGUCGGUUUUUACAAACUGUUGUAUACAAAUGUAGUUAACAAAUUGGUUGGGGGAGCAUUUUUUUUAGAUUUUUAGUGUAAACAAUAAGAUUUACAUGUUCAAAGUGACUUUCUUUUGUUUUGAUA